UUUGUCAUUCAGCCAGAGAAGCCCAUCCCCCUGGUGCAUCUUCACCGGGAAACGGACUAUCAUUCAUUUCACUGUGGGAAGCGCCUGCUGCACUAACGGUGGGCAAAGAUGGCCUCACCAAGGACAGUUACUAUUGUGGCCCUUUCUUUUGCUUUAGGUUUAUUUUUCGUCUUCAUGGGAACCAUUAAGCUCACUCCGAGGCUAAGCAAAGAUGCAUACAGUGAAAUGAAAAGGGCAUACAAGAGCUAUGCCAAGGCAUUGCCCGGCUUGAAAAAGAUUGGCAUCAGCUCGGUCCUGCUUCGUAAGAUCAUUGGCUCUCUGGAGGUGGGCUGUGGUGUGGUGCUUACCCUCGUACCGGGCCGUCCAAAGGAUGUGGCCAACUUCCUGCUGCUGCUGGUCAUGCUCGCUGUCCUGUUCUUCCACCAGCUAGUAGGAGACCCCCUGAAACGGUACGCCCACGCUCUAGUCUUUGGUAUUCUGCUCACCUGCCGACUUCUUAUUGCCCGCCAAAGUGACGACCGACCAGAGAGAGAGGACAGCCGAGAGGAACAGCAAAUAAAUGACCAGGAAAAGAACAAGGUCAAGCAGUCUUAAGAUGCUCUUCUACUUCGUCAAAUCCACAAUAAAAGGGAAUUUGGUGCGUCCCUAUUGUUUGAUGGAGAGUCAUUAAAAUGUUGAAGGAAUCAGUCACUUCCACUAAUAAAUCCCCUCACAUCAUCUCCUGUCCCAUCCAGCUGGCGGACUGAUAACUCUCACCUACUCCUCUGCACUCUCACUGUGAAACUGAGAACUCCUGAUCCGUUAAUCCUCAACAUGACCGUGGACAAUCAUACCUGUGGAAACUCUCAUGAGAUCAGCUCAUUGUCUAAAUAGUGAAUCAAUUUCCUCUAUUUAUUUCAGUCCUACACUGUGUUAAAUGUAUUUUGUUUUUAAAUGAUUUCAUUUAUGUUAUGUCAAAAUGAUUUGAGAAUGCUGUUUUUCCAUGUAAGAAUCUUUGUAGCUUCUUUUUUUACUGUAGGUAGGAGAGACUAAUCAUUUAUGAAUUUCAAUAAUGUCUAAAGCAUGUUUCAUUUGGUCAAGAGUAUAAACAUUAACCAAUAUGAGCACUUUUGAAACAAUUUUGUACUGAUUAUACAUCAACUAGUACGACAUAUCCACAUCAUAUUUUGGUGUAGUGUUACCAGAACACAAUUCUGGAAAGAAAAAAUGAAUACAGCCUUGUUCAUCUCAUCUCAGUACAUUUUUGUAGAAGUGCGCAUGUCACCCUUUCUCCUAAAGUGAAAAUGGCAGAAUAUUAUUUUUGUCCUUUCAGUUCAGUUACCACAGUAAAGUUGUUUAGCUGGAAAGUACAGCAUUUGCUAGCUAGGGUGUCUUCUGCUAGCGUGCACAGCAAAACAUAACUCAAUCAAAAAAGUAUUGUUGCCUGUUAAAAAUGUAAUUUUACCUUUUUUGUAAUUCACAGUUCAAGUCUUAAGCAUAUUAUCUGUUUCUUUAAAAGACAACUUCUGAUUAGUUUGGCUAUACUUUUUCUGUUUCAAAAAUAUAAACUCAAAAAUUCAUAUUACAGAUCUGCUUUAGGAAUUAAAUCUCAAUGGAAAAUCCUGUCAGUUAAUUUCGAGAUUCACAAUAUUUCUGUAAAUGAUAUACUUAAAAUAAAGAAUUGGAGGUGAGAUUUA